AGCAAACCUGCAUGUCAUCUUGUCAUCUGGAUAUUCAUCACUGCCAUUGGAUUCUCAUUCCAAUCUGUUAAACUUCUGCUUAGACUGUUCCUCAGUGAAGCAAGGAGCCUUGAGAGCUAUUCUACUUUUCUUAGUGGGAAGUGAGAAGAAACCAGCGAUGCUUUCGGAGGCCCUGCCCUGUUUCCAGUUACUCCGGAUGGGCCCUGCUUCUCCAGGGGAUUCACCCAACAGGGAUCUCUAUACCUUCCGACCAUCCAGGCCCAGCUGCACCUAUCGGCUGGGCCGCCGAGCCGAAGUCUGUGAUGUCAUUCUGUUGUCAGAACAGAAUCCCGCCUUGAUAUCACGGAUCCAUGCGGAGAUCCAUGCUGAGAGGGAUGCUGAUAGCACAGCUGGGGAGUGGCAAGUUAGCCUGAUAGACCACAGCACUCAUGGUACUUACGUGAAUGCUGUGCGUAUACCCCACGGCAAGCGGGUGGACUUAAAUGAUGGGGAUCUUCUGACUUUUGGCCACCCCAACCCAGUUCCUGAGGGCUGUGCCCUGCCGCCUCCUCACGGAAACUCCGAGUUCUACUUCCUUUUCCAAAAAGUCCACGUCCGGCCACAAGACUUUGCUGCUAUUACGGAGCCCAAAGCCCCCUGGGCUUCCUCCAGUGGGUUCCGGCCAGUGUUGCCAUCCGGCAACCACCGUAUCCGUCCACUUUCCCGUCACUCGCCUACCUCCCUUUCGUGCCGCUCCAAAGCCACCCUCAUCCUCAGCUCCAUCGGCAGCCUCAGCAAACUCAAGCCGCAGCCCUUCACUUUCUCUCUGGACAAGGGGCGAAGCACGGAACCCCCAGCCCAGCCAAAACCGUCUCGGAAUCGCCGCAAGUCUGCUCACACGCUGCUGCCUGAGCUGGAGGACGAAAUCACGCGGUUGGAAGAGGAGCAGCCAUUGCCAGACAAGGAGCAGCGAUUGGGGAGAAGUUAUACCCAUUGCCAUAACAGCCCCUUACGACUCCAGCCUCGAGGAGUGCCAGAGGAGAGCAGGAACCCACAGGAAGAUCUACGGCCAAAGCUACAUGUUGUGCCCAGUGUGAAACGACGUGGUCGGCCUCGGAAGAACCCUCUGGGAGGAACGGCCCAGGUUUUUUCCCAGACUCUCUCUUCAUCAGAGCCGUGUGCUGCGCCCCGGUGCCACCUUCCCCAGGACGAGAUGGUGGCUUGGGUCCAGUGCGAUGGCUGCGACGCCUGGUUCCAUGUUGCCUGCGUGGGAUGCAGCUACAACGCCGUCAAAGAGGAGGAUUUCCGCUGUUCUGCUUGCCGCUCAACUUAAGAGGUUGCCGUGACAGAGUAUCCUCAGAUACAGGAUAACAUCCUUGAACCCAAAUCAGAUGUGCGUGUUUGCAGCCACACCGGAGAACUUAGAAAAUAAAUUUGCAAAGUGUGGAUAUGUAUGGAUGAGUUAAAAUUUGCACAAGAAGUCAGAGACAAGCCAAACAGACAAAUUGAAAAGAUAAUGGGGAGUGGCAGUAUAAAUAGGGAUGGGUUAAAAAAUAGCCUGUUGAAGAAUAUGGGAGUAUCUCAGGGGGAACUCAGCUGCCUUUCCUUCUGGCUUUCUUGCCUCCUUCUUAAUAUAAAGCUGGCCAAUGUC